AGGCACCCCUCCGCCCCUCCCCUCGCUGAGUUAAUUGUUACACAGAGUCGGCGUCUGUUUCAGUUAUUAUCAGGAACCCGCAUUCCAUACUAUCGCGAGCGCUCUCUGGCAGGGCUCUCCGCAUUGCAUCAGAGGCAGGCCAAGAUGCAGAUAUCAAAAUCGCAAUCCCGCUAAGGAAGUGGCUUUUGCAUCACUCGGCCAGACACGAUCCCCUUUCGGGCUCGUAUUGCAUUACAGUGAUAGGCUACCAUUUCAGGGUCACCACAGCCGCCUAAUUGUUGUGUGUGAUUGUUCAUUCGUCCUCCUAGAGUCCAGGUGACUCAGGCACUGGCACGGUUCACGGCAGCUCUACAAUCUCACGUUUUGCAGCCGGGUACUACGUCUGCUAGGUUUCCCGCAAUGGCUUACGCCGCUACUUCAUCGCCUUCCACAAUAAAUGGCGAAACCCAAGCAAGUUUAAAACUCACUGGCUCACUCUCUCAAACCCCCAAACUACAUAAUGUCAUUACCUCAAUCCCGCCUGUUUCCAAUCCAUCUUCAGCAACCCUCUACUCCUCUUAUGCACCUACCCCAAGCUCUACUCGCUCGGCACACAACUACUCAAAUGCUUCAAGCCCAUCAGGCACACCCCUACAUAUCCCCUCUGAUUCUCUUCGGGGUCGACUAUCUACUACUCCCCUCAUACCUCCUGGGACUUUCGAACUUGGAGAGUCCGAGAUGGCUGUCCCUAGUUAUGCUUUCACUUCUGGUACGACAGAGACAAUCACUCAGAACGCAAACAAAGGUCCGGGUUUGAUGCGCAGAAUUUCACGUGGAGCAGCGAACAAGCUCACGAGAAGGCGUCAGUCGACCACUCACAAUGACAAGCGAGAUCGAAGCUCCGGACCUGUUAUCAUGCGCAGGCGAAGUGAUAGCAAGACGGCCCAGAACAGCUGGGAGAAUGCGUUGGAAUCCAGCAAUGAGGAAGACAACAAUGAUGCCUUAGAACCUCCCGGUGCCUGUGGCUCAGAAGCAUCUAGCGUACCAAAUGAAACUUCAAUCGCCGCUUUCCGCAAUUGUGGUGUGGUCGCACCCAAAGUCGAUGGCGCAAUCCAAUGCGGCACGCUACUGACCAAGGUCACGAAAAAGCGCCGUAAGCAAGUGCGCUUCUUCUUGGACUUAGAUGCUGGCAAAGUCUAUUGGGAUCCUUCAAAUCCCGCCAAACGGUUUUAUAUAGACGAUGUCAAGGAAAUUCGCGUUGGUGCAGAUGCGCGAAACUACCGCGAGGAGCACCAAGUGACAGAAGAGCUUGAAAACCGAUGGUUCACAAUUGUCAUUGCUGAUGCUGAGCGUUUUAAAGGGCGUGCAGUCAAAACACUGCACCUCAUCGCUCCGACUGAACAUAUACUUGAACUUUGGACCUCAACCCUCGAGCAUAUCUCCCGAUACCGAAUAGGUCUCAUGGCUGGUCUGGCAGGGUCCGGACAGAGCGAGGCGGUUCUGAAGGCUCAUUGGCAGCGCGAAAUGCAAAUAUUGUUUCCCAAGGGUCUCAAGCCAGGGGAUCAGGAAAGUCUCGACUUCGAAGCAGUAGAGGGCGUUUGCCGCAGCCUGCACAUCAACUGCUCCAAGAACAUGCUACGCGCCCAAUUUUCAAAGGCGGACAUCAACAAUAAGGGGAAGCUAUAUUUUUCUGAAUUCACCGACUUUGUUGCUAGGUUGAAGGAGAGGAAAGAUGUCAAGUUGAUCUUCAAGGACAAUGCCCUCGGUUCUGACGGUCUUACUCUAGACGAGUUCCUGUCAUUCCUUCGCGAUGUGCAAAAUGAAGAUGUCGAUUCGGACCGUACAUACUGGACAUCUAUCUUCGACAAAUUUGUCCGCAAGUCGAAGCCACGUACGCCGAGUAUCCCGGAGAACAGCGACAACCAGGUCUCUCGAAUGAGUGUUGAUGCAUUCUCUUCUUUCUUGGCUUCGUCUGCGAACGGGAUCUAUGCUUCCCGAGCUCCCCAAUCUAGAUUUGACCGACCUUUGAAUGAAUAUUUCAUCUCAAGCUCACACAAUACUUAUCUCUUGGGACGUCAGGUGGCUGGUGCAUCCAGCACUGAAGCUUACAUUAGCGCACUGUCGCAGGGCUGCCGUUGUGUUGAAAUAGACUGCUGGGAUGGCGCAGACGGUCGGCCCAUAGUAUCUCAUGGAAGGACCAUGACUACCAGCGUGUUGUUUGCGGAUUGCAUCACAGUCAUCAAUCGGUAUGCAUUCAUUAGCAGCGACUAUCCUCUUAUUCUGUCUCUCGAAGUCCAUUGCUGCCCUGAGCAACAAUUGGCCAUGGUGAAAAUCAUGAAGGAAACCUUCAAAGACCAGCUUGUCUUGGAGCCGCUCCUCAACAACACAUUCAUUCUUCCCUCACCUGAAGACCUAAAAGGGCGGAUUCUUGUGAAAGUUAAAGUGUGCGAUGAGCCUCAGGGGGACAUGCGUCAAGAUUCUUCGAAUUCGAUGAUGAGUCCUGGUCGCAAGCGCAGCUCAAGCUCUCCAUUCAUGAGGCCGAUGGUACCGGAACAUCAGAUGAGCUUCAACCUCCCUCCACUCACGAGUUCGACAACUGUGGGUCCAGAUACUGCCGACACGUUCUUAACACACGACCGACGUUCGUUCACAACCACCAGCAUUAGCAGUGCUACAGAGGACAGCGACACCAACAUGUUUUCGGCCACUCAGAAGGAACGGAAAAGAAGCCAAAAGAGCAAGAUCUCGAAGCCUUUAUCGGACUUAGGAGUCUACACCCGCGGCUACAAGUGGCACAGCUUUUUCUCGCCAGAAAGUCAACAAUACAACCACGUGUACUCAUUCGCCGAGCGCUCAUUCGAGAGCAUUUGCCGCGAUAUGGACAACAAAGCUUUGUUUGAGAGGCAUAACAGGAAAUAUCUCACCAGAGUCUAUCCAUCUGGUUUCCGCCUGCGAUCAUCCAACUUUGAUCCACUCAAGUUCUGGCGGCGUGGCGUGCAGAUGGCUGCCCUGAAUUGGCAGACUUACGACAUCGGCAUGCAGAUGAAUCAUGCCAUGUUUGCGGCGGGAACCGACCGUACAGGCUAUGUUCUCAAGCCCGAAUCUCUCCGUACCGUUCGCCCCGGUGAAGAGUCAGCGAAGAGCAAGGAGAGGAAGCUCGUCCGCUUUUCCGUUGACGUUAUUUCUGCGCAGCAACUCCCUCGGCCUCGCAGCCUGGGGCCAGAGGAUUACAUCAAUCCUUACGUUGAGAUCGAGAUGUUCAGUGCGGAUGAUCGUGGUCAAAGUUUUGUACUUGGCGAGGGCGGGAUGGAUGCUUCUGCCCGCAAUGGUAUGUCAGGGAUCGGGUAUCCCCACCGUCGGCGUACAAAGAUCGAACAGAGCAACGGCUACAGUCCUAUUUUCAAUGACCGUUUCAAGCUUUCGCUAGAAACAAAAUAUCCUGAUCUGGUCUUUGUGCGUUGGACUGUCUGGAGCUCUUUGGAUGGUCGCAGCGCCGGAAACAACAACAGUGUGCAGCUGGCCACAUUUACAGCGAAACUUAGUAGCCUUUCGCAAGGAUAUCGCUACCUGCCUCUAUGUGAUAUUGGCGGUGAUCAGUACCUACUAUCCACGCUGUUCUGCAAGAUAACCAAGGAAGAUCCCGUCCCCGUGCAACGCCUCGAUGCCGAAGAGCUCCGAGCGGAGCGAAUGGGAAUCUUGCGCCAAAUCGGCCAGUCUGUCUUCAAACGGGCCUCGUCUACCGAAAGGGACAGGGACGCAUGCUCCGACAAAGGCAGUGAUGCCCCAGUGACGCCGGACGACAAUGCUUCUCCUGUUUCGCCCGCGCUAACCCCGACGGUUUCGGCAGCUUCCACUUCAUCUUUACCUCCCUGAUAUAUUCUGCUCAUUUGACGCCACACCACCCGACCAGCUGUCUCUUUUUUGAGCCAGUACAUUAUCAUGAUCUCCUCCAUCUCGUUCCAUGUGCAAGUAUAGGAUUGGCGUUAACCCAGCUUUCACUGCAUUGAUAUGUGUUAUUAAUUCGUUUGCAUUUGUGUUUUGGAGCCUCAGGCGCAUUUCAGCUGCAGAGGAAGCCACAGGUGGGCUGGAUGGAAAGCAUCAUCUCGCAACUGUCAUUUUGUUCUACGAGGCAGCGAAAGAUGCAUGGCCGCUGCAAGCGUCAGGGCCGGAUGGUGUUUCUGUGACUUGUGUUUGAUUUGUUUUUCAUACUAUUGUGCCGGAGUACCCUGAUUUACGUG